GAAUUGCAACUUGCGGCCACACUGAUGACCACCACACACUAUCACGAUUUCCAUUAACAUUUUAUUCCGAUUGAGCCCAGCCUUUAUUAUCAGCCAAACAAAAUCCAGAAGGCAGUAAAAUGAAGAAAAAGGUACUGCUAAUGGGCAAGAGCGGCUCGGGUAAGACGAGUAUGCGUUCCAUUAUAUUUGCCAACUAUAUAGCCAGAGAUACGACACGCCUGGGAGCAACAAUCGAUGUGGAGCAUUCACAUGUGCGUUUCCUGGGUAAUCUGGUGCUCAAUCUGUGGGACUGUGGUGGCCAGGAAGGAUUCAUGAAACAGUACUUUGCCCAGCAGCGCGACAAUAUCUUUCGAAAUGUGGAGGUCCUGAUCUAUGUAUUUGAUGUCGAGAGCCAGGAGAUGGAGCGCGAUGUUCACUACUAUCAGAGUUGUCUGGAGGCUUUGCUACAGAAUUCACCUGAAGCCAAGAUCUUUUGUCUGGUGCACAAAAUGGAUUUGGUGGCUGAGGAGCAUCGCGAGAACGUGUUCAAGGAGCGUGAAGAAGAUCUCAUACGCUUGUCCAGGCCAGGCAAUGUCACAUGCUUUCGCACCAGCAUCUGGGACGAGACUUUAUACAAAGCCUGGUCCUCCAUUGUCACUAUGUUGAUACCAAAUGUUGCUGCGCUGGAGAACUCGCUGAGCCACUUUGCUACUGUGAUUGAGGCGGAUGAAGUGUUGUUGUUUGAGAAAGCAACAUUCUUGGUGAUCUCACACUGCCAGAGCAAGGAGAAUCGCGACUCACAUCGGUUUGAGAAGGUGUCGAACAUUAUCAAGCAAUUCAAGCUAAGCUGCUCCAAACUGGGUGCCAAGUUCCAGUCGAUGGAGGUGCGAAAUAAUGCAUUUGCCGCAUUCAUUGAUACCUUCACCAGCAACACAUACGUUAUGGUGGUCAUGUCAGAUCCCACCCUGCCAUCGGAGGCGACGCUGGUCAACAUACGCAAUGCGCGCAAGUACUUUGAAGAGUUGGAGAAUCCAAAUAACAUUGCCAUGAACCAUCAGAACCAUAUGUUCCACUGAUGGAGUCAUGAGAAAAUGACUGUGACUGUCUUAUCUCUUUGUUACUGUUCGGUUUUUUGUUUUUUAGUUUCGAGAAACACACAUGGUUUGUUGUUGCACAUCGAAGCGCCCUUAACGCGCCUUAUAAUCGUAUUGCUUCCCAUAAUAUAAAUUUACUACAUAUACAUACAUCCAAUACAAUACACAAUAUAUAAAGCCAACAACAUCUCCAUAUGUAUCGUAGAGGUAUGAGCGUUGAUUUUUCCUACAUUUAUAAGCUUUAAAGUUUAAUAUUAUAACCCUUAAGUUUAUAUACAGAAAACAAACACAUACUAUACACAUGUAAAAAAAACAAACAUUUCUUAAUAUAAAACGCUAACAAUUAAA